AUGUCUAGCGCCAACAUGACUGGCGCAAAGCGCCGUCACGAUGCAUCAUCUGAAAAGACGGACAAGCGUGAAUUUCCCAAGCGCCCAUGCUUGGAGAAGAAGACGGACCUCAGCAGGUGGCGCCUCCAGGAUGAUGGAGGCCGAUUGACCUGGCAUUAUAUGCUGGAUGAGCAGGCUGCGAAGGAGUGGCCCCAGAGCGACGCGGACAAGUGGUAUCUAGGCCUCCCGCUGGACGCCCCGGAUCUGCCCAAGGCCAUGAAUCCGCUUGAUGCUGCCACCAACGGACUCAAUUUCUUUGAGAGGCUUCAGCUCCCCACAGGUACCUGGGGCUGCGAGUAUGGCGGUCCCAUGUUUUUGAUUCCGGGCUUCGUCUUUGCGUGGCAUGAUGGCGGCUGGGGCCUCCACAUCGAAGGCGAGAGCUCCGUGUUUGGAACCGCAAUGAACUACGUCGCCCUGAGGCUCAUUGGUGUGGAUGCGGAAGACCCCGUCAUGGUCAAAGCCCGAGGCACUCUUCACAAGCUUGGCGGAGCGACCCACGGGCCGCACUGGCUCAAGUUUUGGUUUGCCGUGCUGGGCUUGGUGAAGUGGGAAAUCGUCAAUCCGGUGCCACCAGAGAUUUGGUUGCUACCUGACUGGGUACCUAUUGCUCCCUGGCGAUGGUGGAUCCACAUCCGCAUGGUCUUUCUCCCCAUGUCCUACGUCUACUCGAAGAAGUGGGUCUGUGAGGAGACGGACGUGAUCAAGGAACUCAAGAAUGAGCUCUUCGUGGAGCCGUGGGCGGAGAUCAACUGGGACGGCAACCGAAAUAGCAUCUCGGAUAUGGACAACUACCAUCCUAAAACCUGGCUUCUCAACGUGGCGAACUGGUUCCUUGUGAAGGUGUGGAACCCGUACCUGCGGACGGAUCGUAUUAAGAAUUGGGCCGAGGCGUGGACGAGCGAGCUAGUAGACAUGGAGGAUGCCAACACCGGGUAUGCGUGCCUCGCGCCUGUGAACGCACCGCUCAACACUUUGGUGUGCUACAUCCGUGACGGGCCAGACGCCUACUCUACCCGUCGUCACAUCGAAAGGCUACAAGAGUUCAUCUGGGUCAAGGACGAGGGCAUGCUCGUCAAUGGAACCAACGGCGUGCAAUGCUGGGAUACCGCAUUUGCGAUCCAGUCUGCCAUGGCCGCUGGGCUUGAGACGGAUGACAGAUGGCGGCCUAUGCUCACCAAGGCCCUCGAGUUCCUCGACAACCAGCAGAUUCGCGAAAACUGCAAGGACCAAGAAAAAUGCUACCGCCAACAGCGCAAGGGCGGGUGGCCCUUCAGCAACAAGGACCAAGGAUAUGCUGUCAGCGAUUGCAUCUCCGAGGCUCUCAAGGCUGUGAUCCUUCUCCAGAAGACAGACGGUUACCCUCAGUUGAUCAACGAUCAGCGCAUAUUCGACGCCAUUGACACGCUCCUCGUCUACCAAAACGCCGACACUGGUGGCUGUGCCUCGUACGAGCUGCGCCGGGGCGGUGAGUACAUGGAGAUGCUCAACGCGGCCGAAGUGUUUGGCCGUAUCAUGAUUGAGUACGAUUACCCAGAGUGCACGACUGCCUGGUACGGCAGCUGGGGCAUCUGCUUCACCUACGCUGCCAUGUUUGCUCUGGAGAGCUUGGCGAGCGUGGGCGAGACGUACAGUACUAGCAAUUACUCCAAGAAAGGCUGCGAAUUCCUGCUCUCCAAGCAGCGCGAGGAUGGCGGGUGGUCUGAGAGUUACAAGGCCUGCGAGGAUAUGACGUGGCACGAACAUCCUACUGGCUCGCUAGUCGUGCAGACUGCUUGGGCUCUCAUCGCCCUCAUGGAGGCUGGGUAUCCUCACGUCGAGCCGCUCCGAAAGGGCAUCAAGCUCAUCAUGGAUAGACAGCAAAAGAAUGGCGAGUGGCUGCAGGAGGCUAUCGAAGGCGUGUUCAACAAAAGCUGCAUGAUUUCGUACCCAAACUACAAAUUUACCUUUACAAUCAAGGCUCUGGGGCUCUUUUCCAAGAAGUUCCCUAAUGAGAAGGUUGUCUAG